AUGUCACAGGAUUCUCAUAACGUUAUAUUUACUUCCCACGGGAGAAAUAAGAAACGAAUGAAAUCUUCUUGGAGUUCGGAAGACGAAGACACUGUUCACCAAAAGGUGGAGGAAACAAGAGAAGAAAAAUACGAACGUGUGCAACUUCUCCAAACACUUAUUACUCUACAAAAGCGUCCAGACACACAACGUGCAUUUGAAAUUCUCAAAGAAGACAUAUCAAAGAAGCCAUAUCUACUUCCAUUACGAACAGAUCACAAAGGAAAUAAACAUGUUCAAUCAUUUGAACAAUUGAUGAAGCAUGCCGAUGACUAUGAAUCGGAAUUUAGACGUCUUUAUUCAGAAACAGUAAAACCUGACAAUCCAAAUUCCAAUAAAAAAUUUAGAGAGGCUGUAAACUUAACUCCAGGAACUAUUUUCUCUGUCCAUCAAAUGGAACUGGGAGGUCCACGGCCUACGAAGGAUAGUCCACUCCCUGUAUAUUAUAAUAGUUGGAAACAAUUGACAACGCUUGAUGGUCAUAAUCAGCCAACAUAUUGUGUGCUAUUUGAUAAGACAGGUAGAAGGGUGUUUACAGGGAGUGACGAUUCAUUGAUCCGUGUAUGGUGCACAAGCACUGGAUCGUUGCUUCGGGCAUUAUACGGGCACACCAAAGCAAUAGUGGAUAUGACGAUAAACUGUAAGAAUGACUUACUUGCUACUUCAUCCAAUGAUAAAACGGUCGUUGUAUGGAGUCUUGACACAUAUACUGCAAUACAUCGGUUUGGGAUGGAUGAAAUGGCGACAUCAAUCCUUUUUUCCCCGACUCCGAUUGCAGAAAAUCGUUAUCUGAUUGCGACUUCGGAUAACUGGCAUACAUGGGUGUGCAAAUAUAAUGAUACUGACAAUAGUUUUGGACCUACUUCUAAAAUAAAACCCGUGAAUGCCGUUGGGUCGAAUAACAGAAUGAAAUGCACCUCAUUUAACUAUACUGGCUCAAUGUUUGCAAUUUCUGGUACUGAUGGACUUAUUCGAGUAUAUUCAACAAUUGGCGGUACUGCUUUGUACGAUAAUACUAAUAAAAAGGGUAAAAAAGCAAAAAAGCCCUUUGAUCUUGUCGAAAUAAUAAAACAAUCGUCUGAUCCAGAAGACUCUGAUGAUUCUGAUGAUGAUUUAAUUAGCAUGCCUACUCGAGUCGUUGGAGUAAAAUCUUUCAACGGUCAAAAUAUCACUCAAUCUACUCGAAAAGAAUUUGUAGCUCCGAUACAAAAUAGGCAACCGAUUUCGUCUUUAUCAAAACAUUAUAAUGCUAUCCCGUCUACAUCAAAACAACCAAUUAUUAAUACUGUAUCAUCACCGAGUAGCAACAUUUCUUUAUCUUUAGAGUCAACAUCACAAUCUCAUUCAAGCUCAAAUCUUUCUCAAUCGAGUACGAAAGUGCAAUCAUCUGCAACGAUCGUUUCACAGUCUAUAUCAAGUCCAAUUGUUCAGACGAGACAUGUAACACAUUCUUCGUCAACAUCUGAAACUCAGGCCUCAAGACCGUUACUAAUAUCUUCAUCAGGACCUAUGACACGAGUCGCCAGAUCGCGAUCAAGAUACCAAAAUUCUAGAAAUAAUACUAGUAUAUCAGCGCCAGUAUCACCAGGUUACGUCAGUUCAGCCGGAGAAGCCUCGGAUACUUUAUCUGUGAAUGCCACUUGUCGUCGAAUAAAUCGUAAUAAUAAUCGUAGAACGAAUGCGAGUGCACCAGCUUCACCAGGACGUAACAUAGCAUCAUCCCGAUCAAUAAAUUAUACAAACAAUAAUGUAAUAACACCUGUUACUGUUCAAAAUGGCGAUUACGAUGAUCCAAAUUUAAUGAAUCUUGCGAAUUAUUUCGAUCCAGUUCAUAUUGCUGAUCUGGACGGUCAUACUGCCAUUGUCAAUAGUCUUGAAUUUGCACAUCGCAGUAAUAGACUAUUAUCGGGAGCAGAAGAUGGUACUGCACGCGUUUGGGAAUAUAAUUAUAUUUUUAAGCAAUGGACCUCAAUUAUUCUGGAUGUUCGAGGGUCGAAUAAUAACGCAAAGGUGACUUCUAUGCGUUGGAGUCUUGAUGAUACGAAGGUGAUAAUUGGGAAUAAUUACGGCAUUAUUACAAUCUUUGAUAGCGAAAAUGGAGAAGUUAGAGUUCGAAUAAAUGCACACAAUGAUAAGAUCUUUGUACUAGAUAUUCAUCCACAUGAUUGUCGUGUGAUGAUGUCCGCGGGGUAUGAUGGCCGUAUUGUAAUGUGGGAUAUUAUAGACGGUCGUGCUAUCAAGGUUUGGGAUCCGAGUAAUUUGGAGUUUCUUGGUGAUACGUUUGAAUUUCUUGAUGGAAAAUUCCGGGAAAUGUUUGCUGUAACUGAUGGCAAAGGAAAGUGCCAUCUUAUUGGCAUAGAUCAGACAUGUAAUUAUGAUAAAUAUCGUAUCCGUGCAGAAAAUGGGCAGAGAUUCUUCGAAGAUUAUACGACCAGAUCCGUUGUAUUUUCAGAACGAGAAUGGACGUUUAUUGACAACGAUAGUGGUUUACCCAUUGACCCGUCACAGCAAACGGAAGUACUGAGCUUGGGCAGUGUCCCAUAUGAGAGACAAGUACCUAUUUCGUUGGGUAGACGGUCACGCCUUUCAAGUAAGAGACUUAAACCGGAUAUCGAAAAUAAAAAACAAAUUUUAAUUGAAGAAGUUAACAAAUUACAACAGGGGGCAAUAGUGAAGGUGGUUUUAAAUAAGAAGGAGGUAUCGUUGCGCCGUAAAAAGAUUCAAAUUCCAGAAGAGGAUGAUGACGACAAUUACAUGGACAUUGAUCCGUUAGCGAUCGAAGAACCUAUUAUCCCACUACCUGAUGAUGAUAUUGAUCCUGAUUACGAACCUGGCCAUACAGAUAAUGAAAGGUCUGAUAGUGACAGUGAUGGAUCAUGCAAUUCAAUAGAAAUUGAAAACAAUAUAUCAAUGGAUGAAUAUUAUGAAUCCAUUGCUGAAGACAGUGAUUUUGAACCUCGUAAAACUAGAAGCAAGAAAGCUCGUGCUAUGUCAACACGAAGGACAAAACGUGAACGUAAUUAUUCAGACCAUGAAGAAUCUGUUGUGGAAUCAUCUCGAAAAUCUAGGCGCAAAAGAAGACGUGUUAGCUACAAAGAUUAUUAUGACAGUUCUUCAGACGAACCUUCAACACCCUCGGAUGAUAUAUACGAAGAUGAAUCUGCAGACAUAUCCGGUGCUGAUCCAACUUCACCGUAUAGGGGAGAUUCCGAUAAUGAUCAAGAUGACGUUGACGCUGCUAUUUUGGCCGCAGUUGAAGAUGAUGUUGAUAAUCGUCCAGAAUGGAUUAAAAGUGUUAACCCAAAAUCAAUUUAUAUUCCUCAACGCGGGGAUAUUGUUGCUUACUUCUAUAAAGGUCACCGAACGUUUGUUGAAAGAUCGACAACGGAAUUUGCCGAUUCUAAGCUCGCAAAGGACCUUUCAAAGAAGUCAGUCAUUAAUGCGCUCCCAUAUAACCGCUAUCAACUCAACGACAUCGAAUUUCUUGAAAUACGGGACGUCAAAUGGUUCUCUGGACCUCCAUCAUACGCUACUGUUUCAUGCGUUAUACUAGAAUAUACGUCGACAGACGAUUCUGUGUAUCCAAUGGAGCCAGAUUUCCAGCAAACCAACCGAAAAGCAGAUAUCUCAUACUUUGAUAUUGAUGGGGUUUGUGAAUUCCUUGUCUUGUAUAAGCGGUUCGUGACGGGAGUAAAUCAGAGCUUUGAAGUUAAUGAUAAAGUAGUAGUUCGUCUUGAUUCAACUGAUUUCUCCGGAACUAUCGCAAAGGUUAAUCCGCUGGAUGACAAUUCUUGGUGUGAAUUUCCGACAUAUUUAGUUCAAUGGGAUGAAGAAGGCCAAGAACCUUCAGACUUCUUCACCUGGGAAAUUAGGAAAAGUGGAAUACCAGAGGUUGAUUGUAGCCAACUGACGGAAGACGAAAAAAGAACAUUCGAUGAAGUCUUGACAGAGUUCAUUCACAAUGAAGAGUAUGUUCUUUUCCAUGAACAUGUUGACUUUGCGCGAUACGCAGAUUAUCUUGAUCACGUUCCAUAUCCCAUGUGCCUGGACAUGAUGCUUAAACGAGUUCGUAACGGGUUCUACAGAAGCAAACAGGGUUUCAAGAGUGAUUUGGACCAGAUCGUGAUUAAUGCUGUAGCAUAUAACAAGAGAAAUUCAGCAAUUGCAAAAUUAGCGGGUCAGAUGGUCUCUGAAAUUGAGGCUACAUGCAAUAAUCGUGGUACACCAUUAGGAGGGGGUCCUUCAAAAAAGUGGAAAGGCAAGGCGAAAGCUUCGUAG